AUGAAUUCUCUAUCGCUCAACCGAGCAGCUCUCGAUGAGUUUGUCACUUCACGAGUGACCCGCGAAAUGGUGACAUACCUGGCUCAGCAGGCCGCCCAGGUCAUUCGAUGCGAAGCCCAUGUGACCAACACAGUCAAUCCUCAUGGCCAGCCUACACCACCUUCGACUCCUCCCAUGGAAAACUCCGAUCUGCCUGCCCUUCCUUCAAUCGAAAUCUUCAUUGCAUCACUUGUCACCCGAUCUCAGGUCCAUGUCUCCACCCUCAUGAGCUCUUUGGUAUACCUCGGCCGCUUGCGCUCCCGCCUGCCUCCAGUCGCCAAGGGCAUGCGCUGUACAGUCCACCGGAUCUUCCUCGCCUCACUUAUUCUCGCUGCGAAGAAUCUGAAUGACUCGAGCCCCAAAAACAAGCACUGGGCCCGCUACACCGUGGUCAAGGGCUACGAGGGCUUCGGCUUCUCCGUGCCCGAGGUCAACCUCAUGGAGCGUCAGCUCCUCUUCCUCCUGGACUGGGACCUGCGCAUUACCGAAGAGGAUCUCUUCACCUACCUUGAGCCCUUUCUUCUGCCCCACCGCCAGCGCCUGAUUGCCCAGGAACGUGAGCGCAAGGCCGAAGAAGAACACCGCCACAAGCAACAGCAACAUCGCGAAUGGUAUGUCCGAUUUCCGCGCCCGAAAUCGGGACGAGGAAUAAACUUUGUCGUGCAUGUAACUAACAUCUUCAGGCGCCGUCUUCAUGCAUCAGCGGACCUGCUGGCCAGCCGCCUCCGUCGUCAGAAGCUCGAAGCCCGUGGUGAACGUCGUGACACCACCAUUCGUCGUCUCCCAACCCACGUUUCCUGCCCAACCAUUCACAACAUCAACCCACAAAGCGCCGCUGAACACGAUCGCUACAAUCCUUAUACCCGUCAUUCUCCGACCAGAACAACUCGCUCCAACUCCCCACCAUCCGUGCGCGAUGUCCCUGCCCUCUCCCACGCAGAGACCUACACCUCCCUCUGCUCGCGCUCCUCGAGCAUCGCACCAAGCUCCAGAGGCACACCCGCCUCCAUCAGCACCGUCUCCUCCGGUCCUGAUGACGUCACUUUCUCCGACCAAUCGCGCAGUCCCUCGUCCCUCUCUUCGCUCAGCUACAGCUACGUCAACGUCCCCGAGAAGAAGUACGAGCCCACCCGCCAACCUUCCAAGAAGAUGAAGAUCGGCGGUCAGCACAGUGGUUUCGUUGCUCGCUUCCUCGCCUCCGCGACUGGCUCGUACAUGGGCGGUCGUCGCUCUCAUUAA